GAUCUCAUACCACAUUGUGAAGGAAACAGUCAACAGUAAUCAAAAUAUGACAUUAACUAAGACUUUUCCGAUAAUUUGCCGUGUGACCCCAAUCCGACAAAGGGCAAGGACGUUCUUCUUGUCCAGCAUGGCAGCCGACGACAGCAAGUCAACUUUCCCCCACUUCGCAACUGACGCCAUUCACGUCGGCCAGGAGCCGGAACAAUGGAAGUCCAUGGCUGUAAUUCCUCCGAUAUCCAACGCCACCACGUACAAGCAAUUUGGACCCAACGAGCACGCGGGAUUUGAAUAUUCUCGAAGUGGCAACCCAACAAGAAAUUGUCUGGAGAAGUGUAUAGCUGCUGUGGAGGGAGGAAAACAUGGCUUCUGUUUUUCGUCUGGACUGGCAGCCACCAGCACCAUCACCAGCCUCUUCGCCGCUGGGGACCAUAUCAUCAGCAUGGAUGAUCUUUAUGGGGGAACUAACCGUUACUUCAGGAAGUGUGCCGGCAAGCUUGGGAUUGAGACCUCUUUUGUUGACUGUACCAAUAUCGACAGUGUCCAGAAAGCAAUCACGCCCAAAACCAAGAUGAUAUGGCUGGAGACGCCUACAAACCCCACCAUGAAGCUAGUGGACAUUGCAGCUGUAGUCAAGGUAGCGAAGGCUGCUGAGGGCAAGAUAAUUGUUGUCGUUGACAAUACAUUCAUGUCUUCCUACUUCCAGAGGCCCCUGGAGCUAGGGGCAGACAUGUCCAUGCAUUCCCUCUCCAAGUACAUGAAUGGUCACUCUGAUGUUAUCAUGGGUGCUGCUGUUGUCAACGAUGAGGAACUGGCAAAAGAGAUGAGGUUCUUACAGAAUGCCAUUGGUUCGGUGCCCUCCCCGUUUGACUGCUACUUGGUGAACCGAGGUCUGAAGACCCUACACGUCCGCAUGAAGGAACACAUGAAGAAUGGUUUGGCAGUAGCCAAGUUCCUCGAAGCCAGUCCCAGAGUGGUUAAAGUUAACCAUCCAGGUCUGCCAUCACAUCCCCAGUAUGAGCUGGGCAAGCGACAGAUGAAGGGGUAUAGCGGUAUGGUCACUUUCUUCAUCAAGGGGGAACUGGAACAGUCAAGGACGUUUCUUCAAAAUCUCAAAGUCUUUACACUGGCAGAGAGUCUUGGAGGGUUUGAAAGUCUAUGUGAAUUACCAUCUCUUCAAACACAUGCUUCUGUUCCGCCUGAACAGCGUGUUGAGCUGGGUAUCUCGGACAGCCUGAUCCGACUCUCUGUUGGUAUAGAGGACUUGGAGGAUAUCAUAGCUGAUCUUGACCAGGCUCUGAAGAUUGCAGUUCCUUGAACAGAAGCAUGGAGAGAUUGGGAUGACUGUUACACAUUAAGUUUUCACAUAAUUGCAAUAGUCCUCAGAUUUCAUUUUCAUGUUAAACCAGUUAAUUUCAUUAUAGAAAUAAUUUUAAGAUGAAAAGCAACUUGUACAGGUCUAUAGGAAAUUACAAGAUAUGAUUAUCUGUGAUCCUUGUAGUGAAUGAGUGAAUAUUGCUUAAAGCUGUAUCAGCGAUUUUGCAGCUAUUGGUGGGGAGUGAUCCUUAUAUGAUUUACAACGAAAUAUUUACAUAUCAAAGCUAUCACUUAGAUUUCUGUUUAUUUUCAAUACUUAGUCUGAUGGUACGGUGAUGGUAAUCGAGAUGAAUGCAGUAAUUGUAAGGCUUGUGGUUAUUUGAUCAGGAACAACUUUAAUCAACCCCAUGAAACAUUCCAAUUCCAGGGCAGAAUACUUAACACUUUCUUUUAAUCAGCUUGCUACCCAUUCUUUAUAUUAGGUAGGUUUUUUUGUUACCCGGUAAUUUUGUUCUAUUUGUUUGUUAAUUGUAUUGUUUAUAUUCCAAUUUAGGAACCUUUACAAUCUGUUGAAAGUCUUCGUAGCACUGAUGUUUGAUGUUUGAUGUUGGAAGCUUAUAAUCCAUCAAAAUCUCCACAGACAAUCUUUGUUUAUCUUAUUUUUAGUUGAUAAAAUAAAUAUCUGCCCAUUAUAAUAUAUACCGAUGGCGCUGUAAGUAUUUUGUUUGCAGCUUUUCUAUACUUUUAUUGGAUUAUUAAAAUUUGAUGGUUUGAAUCUCUUUAAGACUCCCGGUAUCAGCUGACUCAUCAGGAAAUGUUGUGAUGAUCUUGUGUUACCUGUGUAAGGUACACAUAUAUUUUGUUAUUGGUAUGUUAUCACUGUUAUCUUGUUAUCAAACCAGUAAUGCAGAAAUAUAUUGUAUGGGGAUGGGGAUGUAUGGCAUGAAUGUGGUUGUACUAUGUACAACAUGUUGUUUAUCCCAGGAAUAUAUCGUAAUAAAGCCUUUCAACUCUU